AUGGCCACAGAGUCACCGAGCCUUCAAACGCGCAAUGACCAUUACACAGAUAUAUACAGGACCUAUUCCCAGGCCACUGACACUACUGCUAACGACAUUGACCUUCGAAAGUAUCCCUUGAGCUGGAAAACCGUCAAAAUAUAUAUGAGUGCCUCGAUCGGGGGACUGCUAUUCGGAUACGAUGGAGGUGCCAUUGCAGGAGUACUACUGGCUAUUAGGCCUCAAGAUUUGCAGCUCGAAGAUCUGAAAGACUAUCAGAAGGGCCUUAUAACUGGAACAGCCGGUUUUGGGGCUUUUUGUGGGUCGAUCUGCGCUUUUCCUCUGGCAGACCGUCUAGGCCGUAAGCGGACAAUCGGCCUGUGCUCUGUCUUGUUCACUUUGGCUGCCAUAAUCAUGGCUUUGGCAAAGUCUCUAUCCGUCCUGGUCGCAGGCCGACUCAUUCUGGGCACGGCAGUGGGCAUUGCAGCGCAGUGCGUACCAAUAUAUCUGAGUGAGGUAUCUCCAAGCUCAGCAAGAGGCACUAUCCUGGCUCUCAAUACUUUGGCAAUUACUAGUGGUCAGCUACUGGCAUGCACGCUCUCGUGGUUCAUAAUAAAUCAACCAUAUGCAUGGAGAUUGCUGUUUGCAUUAGGUGGAUUGCCCGCCGUAAUGUUACUCAUCCUUCUCAAGUCAUUACCAGAGUCACCACGAUGGCUUCUUCUCACCGGUAGCCCACAAGAGGCUCGAGAAUCACUAUGUGUCAUUUAUCCCAAAGCGUCUGAUGUUCAAAUUAUAAACAAAAUGGUAAAGAUUAUGCGCAACAUGUCAAUUAUACAUAGGGAGGGCGAGAACAGUCCUCUUUUGAGUCGAGAAAGACCAGCUCACACAAUUCUUGGCAAUUCUGCUGAGGCAGAGAACGAAGUUAUGCAAAGAGCUAAUAUAACAACCGACUUACAGUGGCCGCAGUCAGAAAUCGCUACUAAGAUGGAUUCACGAACACGUCGCGCACUGUUCGUGGGUUGCAUCCUCAUGUUUUUUCAGCAAGCAACGGGUUUCAAUGCUUUUGUUUAUUACUCACCACUCAUUUUCUCAGAGAUUGGCGUCGACGAUUCCCUCCUGCCCGCUGUCGCCGUCGCCUUCAUCAAUUUCGUGUUUACUGGUGUUGCGAUGCGCGUAGUCGAUCGGUCCGGGAGGCGUAGUGUUCUUCUGACUACUGUUUGGAUAAUGACGUUAGGUCUUAUCGUCUGCAGUGUUGGAUUUCAAUACAAGGUAUCAGCUAUAUUUUUGAUAGCACUUCUGGUAUAUGUGGCUGCUUACGCAGUUGGCAUGGGCACUGUUCCAUGGAUGAGUGUUGAGUUUUUGCCGUUGAGUCACCGCUCGUUUGGGGCGUCUUGCAUCACUUGCACUAAUUGGCUGACCAACUCGGCUAUAUCUUUCUCCUUCUUACCUCUCGUGAAAGAGUUUGGUAACGAGUUUACCAUGACUCUUUUCGCUUUGAUGACAGCUUUAGAUUGGUUUUUCAUCUACUUCUGGUACCCUGAAGUCAAGGGACUAUCACUGGAAGAGAUAGGGCAAGUCUUCGAGGAUGGGAUCGAUGUUCACUACGUAUAUAGGAAAUACCAUUGA